AUGGUCUGGAGAUCCUUCCUUGCUGGGCUUGUCCUUGCAGGCUUUUCGAACGCCGUUACAAGCGACAUGGAGCCAAGAUCAAGCCUCAUCCUGCCAGCCCCCCCAUGGCGAGGCUCAGUCGUCCUCCCCCCAAGCGACAUCUACGAAACACCCACCACAACUCCCUCCUGGGAAGACGACGACGGAUAUUCUACCCCUACGCCAGAGCCAUACUCAGACGAGACAUGGUCUCCCCUCCCCACCGUCGCCGAGCCCUCGACGACAGCGCCUCGUCCCUCCUAUUCAGCAAUUGUAACCGUUCGAACCACGACGUGGGUAAUCUCCCGCUCGACGACAAUCACAAGUGUGAUCCUCGAAACGUACUACUCGACUCUGACGGACUAUGAUGGCUCGGCCGAGGGCGGGAGCGGGACGGUGACGGUGACGACGUCGGUGACGGAGACAGAGUCGGCGUCUGUUCCAUCGGCUUCGGAUCCGUGCGCGGCCGCCGCGUCGGGCAGUCCUUCGAACUAUGCAAGUGAAUGCUCGUCGUCGUCGCCGCCGUCGUCUGAAGGACCUGUCACGACGAUAACGUGGUCGCCUGCCGUGACUGCGUAUCCCCUCCCGUCCUCAUCCGAAGACGAAGGACGCGCCCCGGCCUCGACGUCGACAACUUCAUCAGCAGCAUCAACAACCACAACAUCAACGUCCACAACAUCAACGUCCACAACAACGUCAACAUCAACAGAAACAGUCACCCCAACAGAAACAUCGACAGGAAACGAAAGCCCGCCCGUCGUAACAGGAGCAGCAUCCCCUCUCCACAACACAAACACCCGCGUCUUCGCUGCCGCAGCCGCGCUAUUCGCUGUCCUGGUCUAA